AUGCUGGACACAAUUGUUGAGAAUACGAAUCUUUAUGCCUUAACAAAAGGUGCUGGUGUAAUUGGUAGACAAUGGUUGGACUUAAGUCAUAAGGAGCUCAUUAUCUGGAUUGCACUUGUUAUUUAUCAAGAACUUUAUAGAUUGUCCUCUCUUGACCAAUAUUGGAAUGAAGAUGAAAAGCUUCCUUUAUAUCAUAUUUCAAAACAAAUGUCAUUAAAACAUUUUGAAAUAAUUAAGAGGUUCUUACAUAUUUCGUCUCCUGCUGUGACAAUUAAUAAUUAUUUUGAGAAGUUGGAGUCAUUGCUUUCACAUAUCCGUAAUGUCUCGAAGCAACUUUACGUACCAAAUUCGAAUGUCUCUGUGGAUGAAAUGGUUAUUCGAUUUUCUGGAAGAAGCAUUCAUACUGUUAGAAUCAAAAACAAGCCAAUCCUAGAAGGCUUUAAAAUUUUAUCUCUUUGUGAAUCGGGAUACACUUAUACCUUUUUGCCAACGUCAUGUGUCUCUCCAAAUAAUGUAAUGAAAAUGUAUGGUCUUAGUAAAACUGGGUGUUUAGUUUACCAUCUUGUUGAGCAACUUCCAUAUUCUGAAUUUUCAUUCAAUAUAUAUAUGGAUAACUAUUUUACUAGCAUUCUUCUUUUUCAAUAUCUUCGACAAAUCAAUAUCGGUGCUUGUGGAACCAUCCGGAAAACUUCCUCUGGUUUUCCAAAAGAAUUAAAGAUAGACAAAAAUAUCAAACUCAAUUGGGAUAUUCACACUGGUAUCAUAAUAAACGGUGCAUUGGUUGUUUUCUGGCAAGAUAAUGGUCUCAUAACAAUGUUGACAACAAUCCAUAGGCUCAUUGGUGAUGAAUGGGAAGUGGAACGAGAAAGACGACAACCAAGAGAAACAAGCACUAAUGCAGUAAAAGUGCGCGCAGUAUUUGGAACUAAAUCAAAAAAAAAAUUAAAAAUUCCCAGAGUAAUAGAUGACUACAAUAACUACAUGAAUGGUGUAGAUGUUGCAGACCAAUUAUGA